GGCUCUUUUUCCUUCAUGUGUUGUAAAGAAAAUUGAGUUGUUUUCAUCAUCUGCCUGAAGACUUCCCCUCUUUCCCAUUUGCCUUUUCUUUUUCGUCUCCACUUUUUUGUGCCUCUCCCUUUGCCUUUGUUCAAAUGGAUACUUCUCAGUGGCCACAGGGUAUAGGAGUAGUGAAAGGUGUGGAACCCUCAUCAAAGGCAGUAGUACUACCAGAUCAAAGAAAGCCAAGGCCACAAAAGGAACAAGCAAUAAAUUGUCCAAGGUGCAAUUCAACAAACACAAAAUUCUGUUACUACAACAAUUAUAGUCUCUCUCAGCCAAGGUAUUUUUGCAAGACUUGUAGAAGGUACUGGACUGAAGGAGGUUCUUUGAGGAAUGUUCCUGUUGGUGGUGGUUCUAGAAAAAACAAAAGAUCUAACAAUAACAGCAACAACAACAAUAAUUCUUCGUCAUCUAACAGUUCAUCCACGUCAUCAUCAUUGUCAUCGUCCAAAAAACUUCUUUCAGAUCUAGCAAACCCUAACGACCUCAAUUUAACUUAUAACCCAAUAUCUGCAACUGCUGCUGUUGCUACUACUAGUACUGCUGGCAAUUUCAGCAAUUUUUCGGAAUUUAUGGCUUUACCAUUGAUCCACCCAGCUAAUUCGACAUCUUCAUUUAUGCCAAACAAUUUGUACACAUCAUCAACUGGGCUUCCUAAUUUGCAUGAUUUGAAGUCCAGUAGUCUUAAUUUUUCUUUGGAUGGAUUUGAAAAUGGUUAUGGAAGUUUGCAAGGAGGUGAUCAAGAGGCAAAAUUGUUUUUCCCUAUGGAUGAUUUGAAGAUUAAUGUUUCAACGGCGAAUGAUCAGUUUGAAGAAAAUAGAGAGCAAGCUGCAGCUGAUCAAUCUAAUGGAUUUUGGAAUGGAAUGUUGGGUGGAGGAGGAUCAUCCUGGUAAAAAAAAAAAAAAGAAGGAAAUUAUAAGAGGUGGUGUUUAUUUUAAUUUUAUUUAAUUUGUGUUUUUUAAAGUAAUUUUCACAGGCUGAGUGACAUAUUUAGUUUGGUUUAAUUUUCAGUAUAAUCAAAACUUCUACUAGUAUUACUACUAACAGAUGGGAUAUAUGUAUGUAUGUGUUCUUUUUUUUAAAACCCUCCAUUUGUUUGUGUUAUGAAACUUUCAUUCUCUUUUGUUUGCA